GCCCCGCGUGCGGGACGCCGGGACCGGGGCCGGACGUGGCGUCAGGGGGCGGCCCGGGGCGGGCGCGGCCCUCCCGGAAGCGCGGGCGGCAUGGAGCCGGCGGCCGAGCAGCAGCAGCAGCUCCGCAGCCUGCGGGACUUCCUGCUGGUGUACAACCGCAUGACCGAGCUCUGCUUCCGCCGCUGCGUCUCCGACCUCAACCACCGGCUGCUGACGCGGCGCGAGGAGCUGUGCCUGGACCGCUGCGCCGGGAAGCUGGUGCGCUCCAACCACCGCCUCGUGACCGCCUACGUGGCCCUGAUGCCCGCCGUCGUGCAGCGCCGCGCCGCCGAGUACCGGGCGCAGGAGGGACCGGCGGCGCCCGCUGCCCCCGCGCCGCCCGACGCCUCCCCUGACGCCUCUCCUCCCGCACCGGCGGCUGCGGCCGGCGGCGGAGCCUCGGCUGGGCCCUCGGGUGCCAGCACGUAGCGGAGCCGCCAGCCCGGCUGCGGCUUCCAUGGCAGCGGGGGGCCGGGUGGCUGCAGGGGGGCCAUGGGCUCUGUGCUCGCGGUGCGAGAUGUAGUUCCUGGGCUGCAGCAGCCCGGGCCUCCGCGCGGUGUUGGUAGCCCAGGUCUGGAGCAGCAGAGCUGCUCUGCGCUGGGGCCAGGCCUUGCAGAUCCAUGCCCUCUACCGCAUCUACAUUGACGGCGAGGUCUGCCUGUCCCCAGGGGCAUCAGGGCAGGGACAGCCUCCUGGCCCUGAAGGUAACGAGAAAGGGAUCUGCGGCAGCCGCCGUUCUGGCCGGGAAGAGCUCCCAGCUGAACUCUCCAUUGCCUUAGCAACUCCUGCACUGGGCUCUCACGCUCCAGAACGGGGGUUCCUGUAUUUCCAGGAGACCGUUUCCUGGUACAAUUAAACACUCUCUUCAUAA